AUUCCUUCCCCCCGGUGCAGAAGACGAUCCUCUGGAACUGCAUGUUCAUGUUCACUUGAGUCCAUGUAAAAUUAUUUGUCAAUUGAGAAAAACGCUCGUCAUUAAUUGUUCAUCACUGCCUAACGUGAUAUCCGAAUCGGGUUAGCCUCCCGAGUAGUCUCGACGUCACCGGCGGUUCUCCUGUUGCAACAGACCAACUCCACUGCUCUCUUCUCACUUGGAUCAAGGGGGAAAAGAAGGCUGGAAAAGAGGUUCAACCAGGAAAAAACAACAAAAGUACCAUCCCCCGUUCCUUGGGUCGGUUUGACCUAAGUAUACGAUUUUCGCCAGACACCUCGUCCGCUCACUGCGUUGGUCCCGGUUGCAGUUCCUUCCCCUCGUGCCCUCAUCGUCCUUCCGUCGCAUCCCGUUGCGCCCACUGGUACACGUCACUCCUGCGCAAAGCGAACCUUCAAAGAAACCGCAUCAUCCAUUUUCAGACGAUCUUUUCCAAACUUUUUUUUUUUCUGAUUGAUUUCUCUGUAUCCUUUUGUCUCGUUCGCUUGCAUCUAGCUUCCCAUACAAACCGUAGCUAUGCAUCGCACCUACUCCAUGCGCCAAUCGCGCAUGCCCACCGCAUCGCAGAUUGAGAAUCCGCCUCCGCCAUUGUCCACGACCAAGACAAACCGAUGGAUUGGGAAAGGCGGCUUCGGCCAUGCCUUCCGUAAGAAUGCCGCCGGCGCAUUCGGACCCGACCUUGCAAGGAAGCUCUCCCAACUCGUCAAGAUGGAGAAGAAUGUCAUGCGCAGUAUGGAAAUGGUAGCCAAGGAGCGCAUGGAGACCGCUCAACAAUUGUCCAUCUGGGGUGAGAACUGUGACGAGGACGUGUCCGACAUCACGGACAAGAUCGGCGUGUUGCUCUAUGAAAUUGGAGAGUUGGAAGACCUCUAUGUCGACCGUUAUGAUCAGUACCGUGUCACCAUCAAGAGCAUUCGCAACAUUGAAGCUUCCGUUCAGCCCAGCCGAGACCGCAAGCAAAAGAUUACCGAUGAGAUCGCCAAGCUCAAGUACAAGGACCCGAAUUCUCCCCGGAUCGUUGUUCUCGAGCAAGAGCUGGUUCGCGCGGAAGCCGAGUCCCUCGUGGCCGAGGCUCAGCUUUCCAACAUCACUCGCGAGAAGCUCAAGGCAGCUUUCCAGUACCAGUUCGAUGCACUCCGUGAGCACUGCGAGAAGGUGGCCAUUAUCGCCGGCUACGGCAAGCACCUUCUGGAUCUCAUCGACGAUACUCCAGUCACCCCCGGUGAAACUCGUGCCUCAUACGAUGGAUACGAUGCCAGCAAGGCUAUCAUCCAGGAUUGCGAAGAGGCACUCGCCAACUGGGUUACCUCCAAGGCCGCCGUCAAGUCCGACGUGUCACAGCGCACGCGCACCCUAUCUCAGCGUCGCCGAGAGGCCAUCGGCAAGAACCGCGAAGGCGUCGACCUUUCUACUCAGGACCAGCCCAUGAGGGGCGAUCGGGACUCGUGGGUCCCUGCUGAUCAACACGCAACCUAUGUUGAAGAUGGUGAGGAAGUCGCCAGCACCGUGGACGGAGAGGCUCGGGGUCGAGAAGAAGAACGCGAGCCUGUCAGCGUCUAAGGCGGCCGAUUUGCAGCCACGAACAUCAACGUUGGUAUAUUAUAUGUUGAUGGUUUUUGUCGAGUCCUCGUCUUUUCAUCCUUGUGAUACUCCGGAUUGAAGUCCCGCUUGAUGUGAUGUUGUCGUUUUGCCGUGAUUUCAUCUCUGUUCAUGUUACCACCCGUGUGUUAUUUACUACGCUUAAUUCAACCCCUCCAAGGGCACCUACCCGACAAGAAGAUUGUAUCCAGAUGCCCAUUCUGGCCGUUGUACGCCUCGAAUCCGGCUGAUAAUGUCAUGACCCUCUUACUAUUCACGGAUGGAGAACAAUGUUAAUACUGACCGAAAAAAUGAACCGAGGGGGCCAAGAAACGAGAGACUGGAGUAUUUGUGAUACUAUGGGUCAGACUGUCGGAGAGGGGAGGGAGUCAUUGUUUAAUUGAAUAAUGUAAUACCAUACUAUCUGCGACAGAAUAUUCUUAUAGUGAUUUUGAAUUGGUCACGCGGCUGCUCUGGAUAGGAAUAGUAAUUAAUUCUUUUCAGGUAGAA